AUGACAAAAAGCCAUGUAUUUGGUAGUUCCAAAGAAGAAGAAAAGGCUAAAAAUGAGGAAUUAAAAGAAAAAGAACAAAAUACCUCAAAAAUUAGUCAUGCAUUUGCCUCUGAAGACGAAGAAACUAUUGAAAAGAAAGAAAAAGAUGAUCAUCACACUACAAAAUUUAUUGCAGGUGAUGUUACUACUGUAAAACAUUCAUAUGAUAAAAAAAGAGAGAAGAAACAUGAAGAAGAACAUUCUGCUACUGAGGGUGUUGUUAGCGGAGUAACCUCUACCAUUGGAUCUGUAUUUAGUGAUGUUGCAAAAAUUUAUAAUCAUGGUAAAACAUUCUUGACUUUUAAUGAAGAAAAAGAAAAUUUAUCAAAACAAAUUUUGCAAAUUAAAGAUGAAUAUAAUGAUUUAAUUAAAGAGAAGGAUAAAACAAUUGCAGAAUUUAAGGAAUCAAUAGCAAUAGUUAAGCUUAAUAAUAUCAGUCUAACAAAUAACAAUAAUGAUCUAAAUUCAAAAAUGUCAGAAAAAGAUGCUGCAAAUGAUAAAUUAAGAAAAGAAACAAUUGAAUAUCAAAAUCUUUAUUCAACGCUAGUAGCUAAAUAUAAUGAUUUAGUUCAAGAAUAUAAUAACUUAAAAGAAGAGCUAAUACCACAAAUAGCUAUGAAUGUAGGAUUGACUGAAACUAAUAUCAAAUAUGAAAAACAAUAUAAUCAAUAUGUCAGUCAGUUGAACAGAUUAAAAAAACAUAAUUCAGAAUUACAACUUCAACAUGAUCGUAAUGUUGUAAAUAAUAAAAAAAGAGUAACAUUAUUAAAUCAAAAAAUUAAAGAUAGAGAUAAGAAUAUAAAUGAUUUAAAGAAGUUAUUAUCAACAAUCUCAUCAUCAUCAUCAUCAAAUCCAUCAACAAUAUCAACAACAUCACCAUCAACAAAAACAACAUCAUCACUAAAACCAUCAACAACAUUGCCAUCAACAGAAACAUCAUAUAUAUUUAAAAAUCAGAAGUCAAUUCAGUUUUCACAAGAUCUUUCUGAAUUGCAAGAUAAAAUUCAGAGUUAUAUUACAAAUUUAAGAACUACAAUUGCAGAGCUUGAUUAUAACAAUAUAGAUAAUCUUUUAAUAAAAUAUAAUUAUGUAACUGGAGCCAAAGAAAUACAAAGGAACAAACCAUUGGUUAAGGCUUUAUUGCAAAGAGCAGUUUUUGACAAGUUGAUUGAAUUAUUGAAAGAUUUUGGAAGUGAUACUUAUCAAUACAAGCCUCAAAACUUGAGGGGACUUGAAUAUGAUUUAUAUGAAUUGGCAAACAAAUUAUAUGAUUAUUCAUUUGAAUCUGAUCCAUAUGAAUGGAGAAGCAAUCAAUAUAGAAAAAUUAUAGAUCAACGAAAACAAACUGAACUUGCUACAUUAUCAGGUGAAAUUAUAAGAGAUUUUGUAAAAAUAUUUCAUUUCACACUUUUGGAAGAUUUAGAUGAUCUUGAAAUUUGUUGGAUUCUUAAUGGAUCAGCAAUUGAUUCAGAAUUUAUGGAGGGUCAAUGGGAUUACAACAACAUUGAUAAUUAUGUGAUAGAAAUUUGUAGGUUUCCAUUAAUUAGAUCUUCUAAGAAAAUAUAUUCACUUGCAAAAGUAUUUGCUGACAAACUUGAUAAUUCCAAUGCAACAAUUGAAUCCCAUACAACAACAUAUGAAGUUAUAAAGUGGAAGGAAAAUGCUGAAUCAAGAUGGACAACUGAAACAAGACGGGGAGUUGAAACAGUAACCGAAGCAUAUGGCUGGGAUUAUGAUCCAUCUGGUGGUUGGAGGUAA